AUGGAAUAUUUAAUCGGAAUACAGGGGCCGGAUUUUGUCCUCGUCGCUGCGGAUAAUGUCUCAGCCAGCAGCGUCAUUAAGAUGAAACAGGAUGACGACAAAAUGUUCAAAUUGAGCGAGAAGAUCUUGCUCCUGUGCGUGGGAGAACCAGGAGACACGGUGCAAUUCGCUGAGUAUAUCCAGAAGAAUGUUCAACUUUAUAAAAUGCGAAACGGGUACGAGCUCAGCCCGGCAGCCGCAGCAAACUUCACGCGAAAGAACCUCGCAGAAUACCUUCGAAGCAGGACGCCGUAUCACGUCAACCUGCUGCUGGCAGGCUACGACGACGCCGACGGGCCCGGCCUCUACUACAUGGACUACCUGUCGUCGCUAGCCAAAGCCCCCUUUGCCGCCCACGGCUAUGGCGCCCUCCUCACGCUGUCCAUUCUUGACCGCUACUACAGACCGGAUUUAACCCGGGAAGAAGCUGUCGACAUUUUGAAGAAGUGCAUUGAAGAGCUCAACAAGCGCUUCAUCCUCAACCUCCCCUCCUUCACCGUCCGCCUGAUUGACAAAGAGGGCAUCCAUGACCUGGAGAAGAUCUCUCCCACCAAGUGA